GCAGGUUCGUCUGCAGCCAGGGCAGUGCUUUCUCUAGUGGGCGGACGGUAGCGGUGACAGCGACGCUCCGAGUCUCCCGACAAACUGCCAAAAAGCAGACAACAAUCGCCAUGGCGGAGUUAGACUUGAGUCUAAGCGACGCUCUGGUGGACAGUGCUCCGCAGCAAGGUCCGGAAAGCCGGGUGGAGAGGGAUUUUGUGGCUCAAUUGGAGGCGGAGACCUUCGAUGAUCAAAUCGGGGAGACCGUAGGCAAGACGGACUACAUCCCUUUGCUGGACAACGAUGAUGCCAGUGCAGGUACAGCAUUGGAAAAUGGAGACGAGAAAGCUCAGGGGGUGCAAAAGCCCGGUUGUAAAGUGACCACAGGGGGGCAGACGUCAAUGUCGCUCCCAGAGCAUCGGGGAGAUGGGCAGCCGCUUAAAGUUGAUCCGCAGCAGUUCUUGGCAGCAGACUUCUUAUCUGGUUUCUCCCAGCCUGCAGGCCCAGGUUUGAAUAUGGAAGGCGGCCCUGCAGCUUUUACCGCAGAGAAGCCUCCAAGUAUCGCGGAUCCUCUGCAACCCUCAACGGGGUCCGAGGCCCCAAAAGUGGCGCACAGCCCCAUGCAGCCUGAACCGCAAGCUCCUCGCAGCCCGCUGGAUCUGACAGCAGGUGCCUUAGGUGACUGCUGGCCAGACCCGAUUGCCUGCCUAUCAUCCGACCUCCCUUUCACCCCCAGUGUCACCUCUGUGAUCAGUCGUCAUGCUAACAAUCUCGCAAUGAUUCGCGAUGACACCCCUAAGACCUUGCCCAGCAGAGAAAGCCCAGCUUAUGCCGGAGGUGACGAAAGGGACGCAGACGAAUCGGACAGAAAACACAAGAAAAAGAAGAAAAGGAGACAGAAAGACGAGGGCUCUUCUGAACACUUGGAAAGCAAAGGUCACCUUGAAGCGCAUGGAGAAAGCGUUCCCUCAGCGGACUUAUUCUACCAAAGGCCUGAACCCAAACGAGAUAGCGGGGAUGGAUGGGAGGAGCAAAUUUGGAAAAGCGGAGGGCGAGGUAAGAAGGGCAAAAGCAGGAAGAAGAUUCCAGAAGAAUGGGAAGUGUCUCCGGAGUCAUUUGCCACUUCAUCCGCGGGGAAAAUCACCCAAGAAGCUAUGAAGGAUCUCGGAAGUUCAACUCUAGCAAGCAUGGACGUCUCCUUUGCUGACAUAAAUACCAGCCAGAGCCCUUGGAAAGAGGAGACCUUUCCAGAAGAGGGCCUCAUCCCGUCGUCGUUCUCCCAUGAAGUAUUAGUUCCUGCAAGUCCACUCGUUUUGAACAGCGAGCUGAAAGCUACAGCAGCUCCGUUCACGAUGCCCUCCUCUACCGGCGCUGGGCCGGUUGACCCCUUCCCCGUGGCGGCGAGUCCAGGUGAUCCAUUCGAAAUGCUGAUUGAUACCGAAAACGUCAGCUCGGGCGACAUGGGCGAUAGUGGGAUGUUUGAAACGAGUUCCUUCCAAGAGCCUGUUAAGCAAAGCAUCCCCGAGGUCGACAUUUCAGCUUUCAGCCCUUCAUCCCAGCCAGGCUCCGCCCUUUCGGCAAACGGCGAGGUGUUUGCAUCGGCCCCGCCCCUUUCACCAUCCGACGCCUCGUGGCUCUUGAACAACUCGCACGCUAGCAGCAACAGUGAGCCGUUUGAUUUCGGUGACGUGAGCACUUUGGGCUUGGUUUUCGACACCCCUUCCCCAGCCCCACUCCGCUCCCCCAAAACCACAGCGCAGGAAGCCCAAUCCAAAGAAGCGAAAAGCGAGCAGUCAGACAAGAAGCAAUCCAAGAAGUCUCGCUCUUCGUCUUCGUCCUCUGCGAAGAGUCCCACCAGCUCAGCGGCAAAACAAAUACCUACGCAAGACUCUCCAAGUGUUAGCCCCUCUUCCUCCCCAUCUAUGGUCUCACUCGGAACGCCAACAUCUGGCCUUAACCCUGCAGCGAAACCCUUCUUUCCCAGCUUUGCCGAUACCGUGGAACAACCGAACGUGGUUUCCCCCAUCAUCGAAGACAAUGUUGCCAAGUCGGACAAGAAGGAGGAGCAGCCCAAGGUGGACCUCAGAGAUGCAGCUGAGCAGAAGAGCGUAAAGGUUGACUUUUCAAUGAGUGAGACGGCAGACAAGUCGGAGAAAGAUUUAGGGACAGACAAACAAAAGCAAUCUGAUUUGUGGAAAGAGCACGAAAAUGUUCAACAGAAGGAAAAAGCGACGGAAAAGCUUACAGAGGAAAAAGAUCUUCCUGCGAAAGAGAAAACGACUGUGAAAGUUACCGAGGAAAAAGAAUCUGAAAAAGUUGAGAAAGAGGCAGUGAAAGUGAAAGAGGAGUCUGAAAAAGUGAAGGAGAAGCAAGCGGAAGAAAAAACAAAAGAGCCAGAGAAAGUAGAAUUAGUCCAACAGAAAAUAGAAAAAGUAGAUAAAGCAAACAAGCCCGAUGUCCCCGCAGACAAAUUGGUAAAGACAGAAACAUUUGACAGGGCAGAAAAAGACGAAAAGAUGGCCAUGACUGACCAAGUCGAGAAAAAAGCAGACCUUCUGGUCAAAAGUGUCGAGAGCAAAACCACCGAGAAGGCGGGGAUGACAGAGGUGAAGGACAGCAAAGAGCAACACGUCGAAUCCAAAGUGGAAAAAAAACCCGAGCAUCCGCCGACACCUGUCAAAUUUGACGCCUCUCCUGACAAGGCGGAAAAGAAGGCCGGCGUGGCAGCUGAUGUGGAAGAAGCCACAAAAGCUUCCACUCUCACGCACAAAACCGAGAAAGAGGAGGAAGUUGAGAAACUCUCGGAGAAGCCGGCGGAGGCAGCAAAGCAGAUAAGCGGCAAGGAGGAGAAGCAGGAGAAAAUACAGAGUGACAAAAAAGCGCUGGAGAAAAGGGAUGACAAGAAGGAGAAGGCUGUCAAGGCAGAUGGAGGAGAGAAGGCCAAAAAAGUCAAAUCUCCAACCAAUGGGAGCAGCGCAGCACCCAACAAAGAUUUGCCGAGUGCCGACAAGAAGACUAAGCUUGCUGCCGGGGCAACAAAACCGAGCAGCAUCUCCAGAACACGACAAGUCCCAGCCGCUGCUGGUAACGGUUCUGCUGCAGCACCUACUAAGCGCCCCACACCUUCCUCAGUCACAUCCACCUUAGAUAAAAAAACAACAACCAGGGCCCCGGUGGCAGCCGCUGUCGGCCCAAAGCGGCCCUCUACAAAUACUGCCAGCCGCCUUGCAUCCUCAGCCGCAACCGCUACACGUGAUGUUAAACCCAAGGCACCCACAGAGAGGCGCCCCCCUGUGCCAAAGGCCAGCACUGCCAGCUCAAGUCAAGCCGGCUCCUCCACCGCUACCAAAAAUGGAACCACCGCAACCAGUAAAGCGACCACAUCGACACGCACAACUUUGUCAUCCCGCACGACGACCAGCGCGGCAACCAAAAAGCCCUUGGCCUCCAAGACAGACGGCCAACCGAGUGUGGAGAAGAAGCCCAGCACUCUCAGGACUUCCACAGCAGACUCCACCAAACCCAGGAGCAGCACCACCACAAUGCGCAGCUCCACUUCCACUACGACCACCGCCGCUCGCACCCGCACCGCAGCCCCCAAAACGUCCGCAGCAUCCAGCGCCACCGCCGCCGGCACAGAGAAAAAGCCCCUGGUCCCUCGUGCUCCCAGGACCACUUCCUCUGCGACAACCACGACAAGCACCACAAGGACCACGGCUCGCCCCGGAACGGCUCCCGCCCCCGAUAUCCACAAUGUCCGCUCAAAGAUCGGCUCUACGGACAACAUAAAACACCAGCCGGGGGGUGGGAAGGUGUCAGCUGCCUCUAAGGGCAGGGUCCCCGCCUCCAAAGAAAAAAGCCAGGUCAAAGUUCAGAUAGUCUCGCAAAAAUUGGACUUCAGUCACGUCGGCGCACGCUUGGGCUCCAAGGACAAUAUGAAGCAUGUUCCUGGUGGAGGGAAUGUGCAGAUUCUCAACAAGAAGGUCGAUUUAAGUAAGGUGACGUCAAAGUGCGGCUCAAAGGACAACAUCAAGCAUAAGCCCGGAGGUGGUGACGUGAAGAUUGAGUCACACAAAAUCAACUUUAGGGAAAAAGCUCAGUCCAAAGUGGGUUCAUUGGACAAUGUGAGCAGUUCACCUGGUGGAGGAAGCGUCAAAGCUGAGGGACCCCAGGAGACAGGUGAGGGUGUCGGGACAGCAUCGCUUGGUCCAGAGUCUGGGCAGGUGGGGAGCCCUGCUGCCCAUGAGAAUGGGCUGAAGGAUGUGGCUCCUUGUGAGGGUCUCCAGGAAACCCAGGCUUUGGUUUCCCACAUCCCAGAGACAAGCAUUUAAUUCUGCUGUCCCCUCUGCCCUCCUCAUCUCAUGGCCCCGCCCCUAUCUGUCCCCCUUGCGCCUCAUCCUCCCUUCUUUUUCUAACAUUUCUGCCGCAGAUUGAGUCUUUUAAGCUCAACUUCCGCGAGGUGGCUCGCUCUCGCACGGACCACGGCGCCGACAUCACCAACUGCUCCUCCUGAUGACAAGAGAACCCCAACACCGCACCCCCAAAUCUGUUCCUGUAGUGCACGCCACAAGCUACAUCCUUACAGUGUCCAAUAUGGCGUCUGCGCCAGGGUUUUUAUUUUAUUUUUUAUUUUUAUUAGUUUGCCAACCAGACUUCCCCCUCCCCAACUUUACAUAUCCUCCUCGUUCCCUCAAUAAGCUGUCAUAUCUCCGCUUAAGUGUAACAAUAAUUCAUUCAUUUCCUCACCAUUUCAGUCUAGCUUAGCAACAUAAACGGGAUGACAAAAACACACAAAAAAAAAAAAUGUAGGCUGUUUAACUCUUUGUGAUAGUGUUUUGAGUGGCAACCCUAAAAAGUAGUUUAAUGGGGUCCUUUAUAUUCGCAUUGAUUACCUCUUACCUUUUUAAUUCUAACGUUUAUUUAUUUAUUUGCCGUUUCUUGACAAUUAUUUUCAGAAAGUCCUGGGACAACUUUUUUUUUGAGAGCGCACUCGCAUUAUUUAUCAUUCUAUACCAUGCCCAAAUUUUUCUUUUUUUUUUUUUUCCCUACCCAAAAAAGAAUUUGCCUUUUGUCUAAAAUAAAGAUACCACUAGAUGGCGCUAAAGCAUUCAAUUGUAAAAAUCUAUGGGAGAAACUAAGGCACAAAAUGAAGUUGGAGAUUUAUUGUAAAAGAUGUUAAGAGGAAAGUGAGCCAAGUAAUGUGGUUAAAUAGCAAGAUGCUUGUGUGUGUGGUUUCUCAAUGUAUUUUAGGGUCACAGUAGUUGGAGGGGAUUUAUUAAUGCAAUCCAGAGGGAGAUAAGGAAAGUGCUUGUAAGAAUAUGUGCCUCUUCCAUGACUAUUCAGUCAUCCCGGAAGGAACCGCUUGUCCAAACUGGCAGAAAUAGUGGCGUGUAAUUUAAUUUGAAACCAGGACUAAAUGGAUCAUAUGAUUCAGAAGCUUUUUUUUUUUUUUUUAAUCCCAAAAGUGAGUGACAGGAAGGGGAAUUCGUUUCAAAUCGUUUUGGUUUUACAUUUUUGCUUCCAGGAUUAAAUCGAGCUAAUACAGGAGAUUUAUAACAAGUGGCGGCAUGUCUUGAGUAAGAAUACUUAUUAUCUGCAGUUUUAAGUAUAGCAUUCGAACAAUAUACUGUCAUGUUAAGUGUUUAAUCUGCUUUGGGUUUUUUUCUUUUUUUUUGGCCACCUGGAGGUAGAAGAACCUCUAAAAUGCUUUUUUCAAAGACAGAUGGCAAGUUAAUCAAACAGUGGAAAAGUAUAACUGUUAAGAAUACAACGCAAUCCAGCAGUAAUUUGUUCAGAUUGAUUUGUUUUGUGCAAAAUGUUUGUUUCAUGCUUAAGUAACAUUUUCAUUAUUUUAAUUGUGAAGUUAACCACUGUUGAUUAUGUUAAGUACCUAAUGUUUGCUCAAAUGGGAGGUUUUUUUUUUUGCUACAAAUGGGAACGCGUAGAAGUUCAGUUUCCGAUUGUCAUGUUUUUAUUCUGCCGUCACAAAAAAAAAGAGUAAAAGCAACAAAACUACAAAAAAAUAUUUGGAUUGGCGCUGGUUUUGUGCAACUUGAGAGGCAUUACCAAAUGUUUUUUUUUUUUUUUAUUUCAGUUGAAUUGUUUCAUUGUAGUCAAAAUACACAUUUUCCACAAGAAAUGUCAUUGGAAUUUUAAAGGGAAUUUACAAACUACAGAUUCAUUCUUUUCAGUUCUACAAUUUGAUAACAAAAAUCUGAAAAUUCUGUACCAAAGGUGAAUUGAAUCCACUUUUAAACACUCCAGAAUUGUUUUUGAAAUUGUCGCUUUAAUGCACAAACACAAACAUUGCACCUCAAACCUUGGAAAUAUAAUCUAAUAGCAAACCAAAACAUAAUCCAACAAUAUCAUUCUCAAUGUUAUUUUCAUGAUGAUAUGCACAAAUAUUGAUCAGUAAUUGCAAACAAAUACACACGCAUCAGGAUGUUUUAAAGCAGUUUCAUUUAAUUUGAAUAAUUUGUGAGGAUUUUGCAUUUUUUGCCACGUUAUAGCCUUGCCUGUACCCCAUUUUUUUCUUUUUUUGUUGUUUAUUUUGAUGGAUGUUUGUUUUUGCUUCUUGCUCCUUUGAGACUGCACACAGAUGUAUAUAGGUAUUUUAUUGCUGAUGCUCUCUCAGAAAAAAAAGAAACGAACAACACCAACAGCAGGGGUUUAGCGGUCAACUCUAGCUUGGUUUCAAAACGGGAAGGAUGCUUUAUCAUUAUCAUUUAACGAGAAAUAACUGUUGUCAAAUGUUAGCCUUUUUCAUUUGAAAGGGGCCCUUGAAGUGAAACAAUGUCUUAGACAUCUUGAACUUUUUUUUUUUUUAAUUUAUCAUUGUGUUCCUGUAGCCUCACAGAUGGUGUGCUCUCAUGGUUGAAAAUAUUCUCAAAACAAAUGUAGACCACGAAAAUAACAAUAGGGAUGGGCAUCUGUUAUUCAUUAAGUAUUGCUGAGUCUCAUUUAUUUUGUAGUUUAAUUAGCAACCAAUGUUUAGUUUACAUUUCCUUUGUGCAGUUCUAACCUGGGAAAAAAAAUGAUUGAGGUUUCAAAAACUUUCUAAAACUAGCACACCUACAAAAAAGCCCAUCCCUAUUGCGCAACAACCUGGUUGGGUUUAAAGGAUAACAUUAGAUUUGCAACUUGAAAUUGUUCAUUGUUUCAAACAGACUAUUGCUGUGUAGGUAACAAAGGCUGCUGUGUCAUCUUAGCGAAUAAGUGCUGUGGAGCUUCGUCUUCCACCCCGGCACUCAUAGUAAGCAAGUGUAAACCUAAUAGCUCCUUAAUAGCUGUCGUAAACCUGCAGAGCAUGCUGACAAAACAAUAGGAUAUGUUCAGUGGACGUACUUUGUCAUUGACAGAAUCUCCUUGUUUUUGUGUUGCUUUUUCUCUUUAUUUUUUUUUGGGGUUUGAGAAUAAAGUGUUCAUUGUGACUACCUGUUAAUUAGUGAUGUGACAAUUAAACAAUAAAUGAAAAAGUGAUUAAA